AUGACAGACCGCCACAUCUUCGACGACCACUCUACGCUCGUUCUUCGCUCACUCACUGGCCUUGUCAAGGCUCAUCCCAAUCUCUCCCUUUUACCUGCAACUAAGACCGUCAUUAAUGCUGACCACGACUCCUCCAAAGUCACUCUCAUAUGCGGCGGCGGUGCAGGCCACGAACCUGGAUCAACAGGCUUUGUCGGUCGUGGUCUACUGUCCGCUAGUGUUAGCGGCGAUACUUUUGCCAGCCCUAGUGCGAGGCAAGUGUACAGAGCGAUAAAUGCCGUACCAAGUAACGAGGGGACAAUCUUGAUCAUAACGAACUAUACUGGCGACAACCUCCACUUUGGUCUUGCUUGUCAGCAAGCACGUGCAGAUGGAUUGACGAAUGUUGGGAUAUUGCCUGUUGGAGACGACGUCUCUGUUGGUCGAACGAAGGGAGCUUUGGUUGGUAGAAGAGCAUUGGCGGGCACUAUACUCGUCUGCAAAAUUCUAGGCGCCGCCUCCGAAUCAUCAUUCUCGUACUCAUCGACUCUCAACCUUGGUAGAGCCACUACAGCAGGACUUGCGAGCAUUGCAGCUACGCUUGGGCACUGUCACGUCCCAGGACGGUCGAAGGAGGAAUUUGCGCGAGGUCAGGUCGUAGAGGGUGGGAUCGAGAUUGGUUUGGGGUUACACAAUGAGCCGGGCGUCUUCGUUGUCAAUCCUCGACCGUCCUUCUCUGACUUGGUCGCCAGAAUGAUGGACCUUAUACUCAACCAAGAGGACACAGAGCGGGCUUUCGUUCCGUUUCACAAGUCCGGAGAUGUGUUGGUAUUAUUUGUGAACAACAUGGGCGGCAUGAGCGUGUUGGAGAUGUAUGCAGUUGUGGAUGAAGCCCAUAUUUAUCUCGAGAAGCAAGGUUAUAAUGCCCCAAUACGAACAAUCUGUGGAACGUUCAUGGCCUCACUGAACGCCCCCGGAUUUUCCAUCUCCCUCUUGAAUCUUACACAUGAAGUCACGUCGAUCUCCAUGGAAGCGUUACUCGAACUCAUUGACGCACCGCAUGCAUCUGCUGCUUGGCCCGGUGGAGAUAUAUAUCCCCUGCCUGAACAUUUGCAACGACGGUGUAUGGGUGAGAGGUUUAUUGACGUGCCUGAUCAUCCCGAGGCGCAGGUAAAUGGGAAUGAAAAGAAGGAUGGGCGGGAUGAACCGAAGGUUUUGAGAAACGUGCUGCGGGAGGGCGCAGAGGCCGUCUACAAGGGAGAACCGGAUCUGACACGGUGGGAUACAAUCGUCGGCGAUGGCGAUUGUGGCGAGACCUGUGCAAGCGGCGCAAAGGCGGUUCUCUCGGCAUUGGAUCAAGGCCUUGGCUCUGACGGAGAUCUGGUCCAGUUACUGCGAAGACUAACGCAAAUCAUUGACGAAGCCUGCGGUGGCACCCUCGGUGCCAUUUUCUCCAUCUUCCUCGCCGCCCUGACGGCCGAAGUCCGAUCAUAUGCCACCACUUCCACCGAUUCGAAAGCCGACAUGGCAAUGUGGGCGACAACGACAUCAUGCGCUUUGCAAACUCUUUUCCAGAGCACGAAGGCGAGGGAGGGGCAUCGGACGGUCAUGGAUUCAUUGAUUCCGUUUGUUCGCGCUCUGGACUCUUCAUCUGCUUCCUCAAUCCCGAACGGAAAUAACACGGUGUUAGAUGGUGCGGCUGAGGCGUGUCGCAAGGGAGGAGAAGGCACACAGGCGUUGGUAGCGAAGUUGGGGAGGGCGACAUAUGUUGGGGACUCGAAUGAGAAUGGAUUGCCGCCGGAUCCGGGUGCUAUGAGUCUCGUGUUUUUAGUGGACGGGAUGAAGAAGGGGCUGUUGUGCGCGUAA